CAUCCUGCGGGGAAAAACGCACACCAAACCUUUACAUGCUUGCGUCCGUGCACACGGUUGUUUUCUUAUUUUUGAAGGAUCGUAGGUUGUUUUUACAUGAAGGCGCACUGACCGUGUCCAGCGGCGCGGUCACAGUCUCAGGUCUGUGAACACGGAGCAGCUCGCCUGUGCGAUCAUUUAUGAUUUAUCGAGAUGAUAUGAAUGUCAAUCGGUCAAGGUCCGCUCUCCCGAUGCAACAGCCUCGGCUGGAUUGUGUAGCUGCUGGGAAACAUCUGCCGCAAGCUUUUGGAUGAAUUUCUCAUAAUUUUGCUAAUAUUGAGCGGACGGUGAGCGGAUUGAGAUUGAGCAGCGUGGGAGCCUCGCUGUGGGAAUGACAUGCUGCAGUAAAGACGGGAAACUGGGAAUAAUAUGGAUUAGAAAGCAUUGAUGAUGUGACUGCGACGCUUUUAAACGAAAAGAAAAUGCUUCACGGUCGUCGCCCUGUGCAGAAAUCUUUAACAUUACUGAUAUAACUACUGACAUACACCCAGAGAAGAACCGAGGGCCGAGCCGAGCAGAGGGCACCAUGUCGGCGGUGAUGAUAACACGAAAGGUGCGGAAAUGGGAGAAGCUCCCGGGGAAAAACACUUUCUGCUGCGACGGACGGGUGAUGAUGGCCCGGCAGAAAGGAGUCUUCUACCUGACCCUGUUCCUCAUCGUCGGGACCUGCUCGCUCUUCUUCGCUUUCGAAUGUCCGUACCUGGCUGUCCAUCUGUCUCCUGCCAUCCCAGUUUUCGCUGCCCUGCUCUUCCUCUUCGUCAUGGCCAUGUUGCUGAGGACCAGCUUCAGUGACCCCGGGGUGCUGCCACGGGCCCUUCCAGAGGAGGCCACAUUCAUCGAGAUGGAAAUUGAGGCUGCCAAUGGGAACGUCCCUGCAGGGCAGCGACCCCCGCCCCGGAUCCGCAACGUUCAGAUCAACAACCAGAUCGUCAAGCUCAAGUACUGCUACACCUGCAAGAUCUUCCGACCACCACGAGCAUCUCACUGCAGCAUCUGUGACAACUGUGUUGACCGUUUUGAUCACCACUGUCCGUGGGUAGGCAACUGUGUGGGCAAGAGGAACUACCGAUACUUCUACCUGUUCACCAUGUCCCUCUCCCUGCUCACCAUUUACAUCUUCACCUUCAACAUCGUCCACGUGGUCAUGCGUUCAGUGGAUAAUGGCUUUUUGAACACUUUGAAGGAAACACCUGGAACUGUGCUGGAGGUGUUGGUGUGCUUCUUCACCCUGUGGUCAGUGGUGGGGCUGACGGGCUUCCACACCUACCUGAUCUCCCUCAACCAGACCACCAAUGAGGAUAUUAAAGGAUCCUGGUCGGGAAAGAACAGAGUCCAGAACCCGUACAGCCACAAGAACAUCAUCAAAAACUGCUGCGAGGUGCUCUGUGGGCCAGCAUACCCGAGCGUCUUGGACAGAAGAGGACUGAUGCAGGAGGAUUCGUCUGUUUCUGCAACGCCAGCUGCACCCUCCUCCUCCUCCUCCUCCUCCUCCAGCAGCAACGGCAGCAGCAACCCAGCGCCACAAACCACGCAUGCUGUCCUCUGCCUGCAGAAAACCACGGCUCCGCUCAUCCCCAAUGAGCACACGCCCGACGAUGCCAAGCCGAGCAUCGCUGCCUCAGCAGAGAAGAGCCCCUCCCGCAAAGAGGAGCAACCUCCUGCUUCAAAGGUCCCGCCUCUGGCUUCACCCGAGACCGACGCGGAGACGUCCCUCGCCAAGGACAAAUCCCAUUAGCCGAAUGAGGGGCGGCGCUCGCUGUAGCCACUCCCCCAGCGAUCCUGCUUGGCCAGGAACUGAAACAUUAAUAAUCACUGUCUGAUUACUGCGCGGGUGGCUCAGUUACUCUCCUGCCCUACAUUCCACCAGAAGAACAAGCUUCUGCUGCAGCUCCUCCUCUUCCCUCCUCUCCUCACCAGUGGCUGCAGAGCUCUUUGACUGACACUUACUCCUGCUGGAGGGGGGGGGGGUGAUUUAAUGGAAAGUCAGCAGCUUCCUCUGUCUCCUGAACACUGCAUGGAAAAGACACGCAGGGCGAGAAGCUGCUGGAAGAACUGCAGUUAAAAAAAACAAGAAUAUGACAUCCCCGCCGGUCACCUGUUGGCUGCUCUGAUUGUCAGUACUACUUCUGUUCUUCAUCUAAAAUUGCGUCAUGACAUUUAUUGUGAGAGGCCAGUUUCAAAUAUACUCCUUGCAAGUGUCUGGCAAAGACAAUAUUACUUCUGGACAUGUAUAAACCUUCAUACAUACAGUCAGUUUUCUGUCGUGUGCACAUUACAUGCCCUAUGCAAACCACGAGAGGGCUGGACAUGCAGCUUUUUGACGAGUGUGGAAAGAAGGGUUACAGCUGUAAGUCUGUGAGUACACAUGAUGUCCAGGCAGGGGGAGGACGUGCAAAUCUUUAGCUGAGAUAUCCUUAAAGGCUCCUUCCAGGCAAGUCAAAAUCUACCUUGUAUUCUGAUACUGCUGCAUCCAGUACUGUUGCAUCUUUUUUUAAACGUGAUCUGAUCCUGACCAACGCCUGUCCUUCCAUUUUUAUAUAAUCGAGGAUGUAGUGUGACGCCGGUGCUCUAAAAUAGAUGAAAUUGCUUUACGCACAGUUAAUGUCUUGUAUCCAGGAGACGCUUUGCCGGAGUCCCAGCGUGUGUGAGAAAAGGCCUGACUUCUGAUGAUAGUAGACACUAGUAGUAACAGUGCCUUAUCAUAACAGUUGCACUAUCAAAUGCAACUGAGGUCAACCAACAGAGAAGCCCGUGAAAUCCGUUCUAACCACUGAUUCAGUGUUAAAUGAGAAAUGCCAACGCUUGUACACUAAUUAGUCCAGUGGAUCCCAACCUGGGGUUUGGGACCCCUGCAAGGGGCGGCAAGAUAAUUCUAAGGGGUCAUGAGAUGAUUAAGGGAAUAGUUUGCCAUUUUGAGAUGUAGCUGAUUUGCUUUCUUGCUGAGAGUUAGAUGUGAAGACUGAUACCACCUGAUGUGUCGGCUGUAAAUAUGAAGCUACAGCCAGCAGGUGGUUAGCUUAGCUUAGCAUGAAAACUGGAAAUAGAGGAAAACCGCUAGCCUGGCUCUGUCCAAAGGUGAUAAAAUCAGCCUGCCGGCUCCUCUAAAGCUCUCUAACAUUUGUGUUCAAAGAAUGAAAUGUUUUGUGGCUUUACGGCUGGAACUCUUCCUUGACUUUUUACUUUAUAUUUUUACAGGUUAAACACAACAAUGAGUGAGCUUUAGAGAUGCCUGUAGGCGUAUUUUGGAUCUUUGGAGAGGACCAGGCUGGUUGUUUCCUCGUUUCCAGUCUUCAUGCUGAACUAAACUAACCAGCAGCUGCCUUUAGCUUCAUAUUCAUGAACAAAUAUGAGAGUGCUGUCAAUCGUCUCAUCUGUCAGCAAGAGAGGAAAUAAGGAUUUCCUGAAAUGUCCAAAAAUUCCUUUUAAAAGAAUAGGAAAGUAGAAAAAAACACAUAUGUCUCCUAAAUAACACUCAAUGUGUUUUUUUUUCUUUUUUCUUCUGAAAUGCUGUGAAUUGUCCCCUAGAAAUCCUAAAUAAUAUGAAUAUUAAAUCUGAGAACUUUGAGAACAGCUGGAAAACGUGUGCAGUCUUCGAGGAGAGCGUUUUAAGGGGUCACGGCUCUUAAAGGUUGGGAACCACUGAAUUAGACGUUUUGAAGCAAAAACUAAGCAAAGCCAUUGUUGAACUGUACAUAGUUUUGGCAGGUAAAGACGUGCUGAAAACCUCUCAUCUGACUUGCGAGGAGAGAAGAUCGCAGCAGGGUUUUGUUUCGGUUUUGGCUUUUUCUUUUUUGUGUGUGUGCAAGUGCGGCCAGUGUUAAUUAUGCUGCCUGUGAGCUUGAGCGCCUCCUCCUGUAAAUCACACCAGAGCCGAUCUUCGUCCGACUCCCCUCUCUUUCUGCCCCCCCACCCCCCUCUUUCUAUAAAAACCGGCUCUCGUAUUUAACUCCUCCUUUAACUAACUGCUCUCCUCCUCCUUGCAUCUUUGCCGUGACAGUUAUUCCUACAGUACGCCCAAGGCCGAGGCCACUUCCACCGCAGCUGUCUCAUUAUCGCAGCGAGAGAGCGACGCUCAGUCCUUUCUUUUCACACAUCUGUGUAUUUCAGACGGAGCACAGCCUGUCAUGUGGCUUGAGAAGUUAUUUUGUUCACAGGUCGCUCGAGGAGACAGCAUCCACACAAAGAAAAAUGAGAGAGAAUAAAGCUUAUUCUUCGUAUUUAAAUGAUGUUAGCUGAUAGCGAGAGUUUGUAAUAGUGAUUGUGUUGUAUGCAAGACAGAGUCGGUGUUUGUGAAAUAUACCUGUGUAGAAAUUCUAGUGUGUCGACAGCGUUGUAUCAGACUGAAAUUUGCCCGAGAUGAUUUAUUAUAAGAGUCAAAACGGACUCAGUUUCUCCUUUAACUCCAAAAAUAUUUGAGUGGGAAAUGAAUUUUAGAAUGAGGGAUUGUUGGCAGCUGUAUGAUUAUUUUCAUUGUAUCCUGGAGCAGUUUAAAGCUCUCAAGACUGAUAAUAGACACUUUGAGACAGUACAAGAUUAAUCUAGGCUUGCAGCUAACAAUUCCUUUAAUUAUUGAUUUUAGUGAUUAACAGCUUAAUUGUUUGGUCUAUAUAAUGUCAGAAAAUAGCGCAAAACCCCAAAAUAUUCAAUUUACUAUCAGGAAAUCAGCAAAUAAUUAGAUUUGAAAAGCUGGAAUUAGUGAAUUUGGGGCAUUUUUGCUUCCCAGAUUCCAAAGUUGUUGUUUUUUUUUAACAAUUUUCUGCUAAUUCUCAACUAAUCGAUUAAUGGAUGAAUAGUUUCAGCUCUGAAUGAAUCCUUUAUCUGUGUCUCUCUACACUCGGACUCCUCUCCGUUGGAAGAAGCUGUAAAUUGUGUGACAGUAUUGUUCCUGUGAAGUAAAAAAAAAAAAAAGUGUAUCUGCCGAGUGUAGAAG